AUGGAGAGGAGUCCAAAGAGGAGACGCCUCUCCACCCAGCAGGCAGGUGAAAAAAUAAAAGGCGGGCAAAAAGAACCAAGGGGGCAAGAGGAGCCCAUCAAAACUGUCCCCAAAAUAGACGAGAAAGAGGCUGGUGGUUCAAAUAGCAGCAACAACCCUCUCACAAAAGAGGAGCCCAAGUGUCUUGGGUAAGUAUCUGAGUAGAUAUGCAGUACAUAAACCACAGAGUAAAAGCACACAAUAAAUUUCUGAAAGGAUUGCUGAAUAAAUCAUAUUAACUUGUUCAACUUGUUUCCAUCAGAUUCCCAAACAUUGGACAAACCUGCUACAUGAACGCAAGCCUGCAGAGCCUUUUGACACUGGAGAACUUCAUGGAUGAUAUCAACAAACAGGCAAAUGUGUGGAGAGUCCACCCAGAUGCCGCAGUUAUGAGGUAUGAGACCCAACUGAGACAGCCUUAUUUUUUUCCCCUCAGGCUGAAAAUCAAAUGCCAAAAAUGUUUGAAUUUAGAUUUGAAAAAAAACAAAACAAAAGUAAUCUUUAACACUGUUCUCUGGUUUUCAGAUAUUUAUCCAAGCUUAAAGAGGAGCACUCCUCCGAGGACAUGCCGUUGAAAUCUUUCCUGCUUUCUAAAUUGAAGAGGGCCGUAUCUUUUGACGCACCAGUGUUUGCAGACGACGGGCAGCAGGUAAGUUAGUCUAAUCCAAGGUUUUUUCACCUCCCUCUCCUGAUAUUUUCCUCUCAGUGUACUGAAUGUUUUUUUUUAAGUUCCUGUGAGGAACUUUUGGUUUGUGUCAAUUUUGGCACCCCCUGUGGCAGAUAACCAAAACAGUCUUUGCUUAUUAUGUCUUCACACACUUAAACAAUGUCAUCUGUGUUUGUUUCUGCAGGAUGCGCACGAGUUCCUUUGUACACUUCUGUACCAAAUCAUGAGUUUGAGUCCAGAGCUGCAAAAGGCGGCUGCCACCAAGGGUACGACCUAUAGCUGUCCCAUCAAAGAACACUUGUCGUUCAAGAUGGAGAACACAAGGACAUGCAAAAGGUAUGACUUCACUGAGAUGUAUUUGCAUGUGUAUGCUUGAUAUCAUACAAGGAUCACUACACUCUUAAAACACGAAAAUGCUGAUUUGCAAAUAUUCAUUAGAUCAUCACAUGGAACUGAAAUGCUAAGCCCUUAGAGGUGGGUUUGUCACAAACUUGUGCAGCUUUACUUAAACUGGAUUGUCCUUUUUAUAUGCAGAUGCGGAGCAGAAUCAAAGAAACAGGAGGAACGCAUGAACUUGUCUCUCGACGUGACACCUGGAGGAGGAACAGUAGAAGACAUGCUCCAGAAUUAUCUUCAGGUAACCACACCUCUCUACAAAAAACCACACAAAAAGAUGCAGGACAAUGUGAUUUGAUGUUAAAAUACCACCAUAUUUGAAUCCCCUCACAACUGUUUAUGUCAGUGUGUAUUUAGUUGUUAAUCCAGAACAAAUUAAAACCAUGUUGGUCUUUUGGUGUUUUACAGGAAACUGAGCUGGAGUAUCGGUGUGAAUGCGGAGGAAUUGUGUCGGGCCAGCGCUUGUCUUUUAAAACUCUACCAAGGUAAGUAACAUCUUCGCCAACACAAAUAAGCAGACACCUGAUUUAUACUUCAAAGUAAUACACAUCUACAACAAAAACUCUUACAUCUGUCAUUUGUCUUAUUUCAGAGCGCUGAUCCUGCACCUGAACCGUGUCAGGUACACACCAGACUACUGGCUGCAGAAAGUGACUGAUCCGGUAGAUAUCUCCAGGGACCUCGUUAUUUGUUCUGAAGAGGUAAGUAGACACUAAAUGAUGUCAUUUGAUAAAAACAAGAAAAAAAAGAUUAUCUCUAAUAGACAUAAUGUGUGAACUGUGGGCACUAACUCUAUUUACUCUUUUUACUCUCUCAGGAUGGUCAAUGCUACAGCCUUGUCAGCACAAUUAAACAUCUGGGCACACAAGCAGGAUCAGGUAAGAUAAUCAGCUUCCCUCUGAUCAUAUUAAAUUUUACACACACAAAAAUGUCACAGUUAAAAAAAAAGCUUACAAUUAUGUUCUAAUGCAUUACUUAUGUGAACAUUAUGAAUUAUAUGAUCGUAUGUGGUUACAGACACAGCCCAGUCUUUUAACAUUAUUACUCUUUCAUCUAUUAGGACACUACAUCUCAGAGGGAAUGGAUUUGGAUGUGCCGGUAACUGACCCGUCGGAUCGUUGGUUCACUUAUGACGACAAAAUGGUCACGGAAACCAGCGGUGCCGACGUAUGUGAGAAGGGACGGCGAGAUGCCUACAUCCUAGUCUACAAAAGACAGGUAAGUACAUGGCCCCAUCACACUGAGGAAAAUUGUGAUGUAGAAAAAGACAUCGAUGAUCUCAUCAUCAAUGUCCAAUCAUUAUUGAUCAGAGUAGGCAAGAGGACUCCUAUUCAUUUAUCUUUUUACCAUUUAUUUGGUUCAAGAUAUGGUCAAGUACAGCUUCCUGAAAACAACUUCCUUUAUAGUAUUUACAUUAACUAA